UUAGGAUUUGGGAACAUCAACAUUGUAGAAUGAGAUAUUUAAAUUCUGAAAUGUGCUUAUAACACAUGCCUCCUCCUGUUUGUGUAUAUUGUUGACAUGAUGUAGAUGUUCAUAUAUAUAUGAUAUACUUACACAAUGAAAAAGUUUUUUUCUGCUGAAAGCAGAAGAAGCGUGAUUCUCGGGGGUUAAGACGCGCCCUUGGAGGGUAAAUUACUCAACGUUUGAGAUUGAUGUCAGAGAUUUCUGAGGUGCACAAGAUGAAGGUCUACGGCUGGAUGGCAGUGGCUGGGUGGCUCGUUCAGGCUCAACAAGGGUCCCCUCUCGAUGUGCACGUGUCUGAAGGGAAGACGGUGGAGCUCAAGUGUCUUCACGUCUCUCCACUCCCAGUCCGCUUGGAGAGAUACCAGAAUGGGAACCUGGUCUCCCUGCUGGACCACAACGAGGACGGACACUUCAGCCUGGCUGCGGACAACUGCUCUCUGAGGGUGCAGCGGGCGCUAGCAGAGCACAGCGGCCUGUACCACUGCCAGGGGAUGGGUGAGAGUAACUGUGCGUGGAACAGGAAGUCCGUCCUCCACAGAGACUCCAUGCUGGCGGCGGCGGUCAUCUACCAAGAGAUGUACGGCCACCCAGACGGCGGCGUCCCCGCCACCUUCCACGUCCUCUACAUGAUUGGCUGGAAGCCUCACGAGUCCCAGGCCCGGCCGGCAAAGCGGGGGUCCGCUACGGUGUCGUUCAGCGACCUGACCCAGGUGGGCCGCACCGUCACCAAGGAGACGCCGUAGAGACGCCGGACCCCGGCCAGAACAUUCUAUUUGUGUUAUAAUAAUGUACAUAGUGUGGGAUUUAAAGUGUUGGCCUUUUUAAAGAUGAACUGCAAUGAACAAGCUUUGAGAGUGAAAAAAAUAGUGUUUUUUUAGGAUUGGGGCACAUCAACAUUAUAGAAUGAGAUAUUUAAAUACUGAAUAGUUCUUAUAACACAUGCCUCCUCCUGUUUGUGUAUAUUGUUGACAUGAUGUAGAUGUUUAUAUAUAUAUGAUAUACUUACAUAAUAAAAAAGUUUUUUUCUGCUCAAAAGCAGAAGAAGCGUGAUGCUCAGGGUUAAGACGCGCCCUUGGAGGCUAAGUUCCUCAAACAUUGAGGUUGAUGUCAUUGAUUGCAGCGUUUCUCACGAUGAAGGUCUACAGCUUGAUAGCAGUGGCUGCGUGGCUCGUUCAGGCUCAGCAAGGGUCCCCUCUCGAGGUGCACGUGUCUGAAGGGCAGACGGUGGAGCUCAAGUGUCUUCACGUCUCUCCACUCCCGGUCCGGUGGGAGAGAUACCAGAAUGGCAAAGAUAUAACAAGGGAGGGACCCUGAUCUCCCUACUGGACCACAACGAGGACGGACACUUCAGCCUGGCCGCGGACAACCGCUCUCUGACGGUGCAGCGGGCGCGAGCAGGGCACAGCGGCCAAUACCUCUGCCAGGGUAGGAAGGCAGCGUACCUCACGGUAGAUCCGCCCCUUAAGGAGGACCAACCAGGAGCCUCGGAGGAUACGACCACCCCGUUACUGGGAUCUGCUGACCACUGGAAGAUCCCGGUGGGCGUGGUGGUGGGCGUGGCACUGGCUGUGGCACUGGGCGUGGCCCAGGUCCUUCUGAUUCAUGGGAAGCAUUGUUUCAGGAAAACACUUCAAAACCACAGGAGCGACCCUACACCCGACCCCGUCAUGACCUCUGACCCGACCUCUGACGGGCUGUAUGAAGAGAUCCCGGACCAAGGCGACGUCCUGCGACGGGAAUCAGAAGGAGGAAACGUUUAUCAGCUGGCCUAUGCCCCGCCCCACGGUAACCAGCUCUACGCCACUGUUGAUAAACCCAGGAGCGCUAGCCCGCAGCGCUAGGAAACUACGCUAGCCUCUGCUGCUCUCCUAUUGGAGAGAAUUCUGACCAAUCACAUCCCUCCUGUGGGGAAAAUUAUAAUGUUGUAAUGUUUCAGA